AUGGCUGGAGGCCCUGUUACCUCAUUGUUUAGAAUCUAUGCAUCAAGAAACAAUGCUUGUAGGUCUAGAGUUUUGCUGUCAUAUCAAAAUUAUCAUUCUUUGAGACAAUUUAACAAUUGGGUUUUAGACACUUAUCAAUCUAGUUCUUCUUUUGAUGUUCCUCUCCGUCAAUGCUCAACUAGUUUGGCAGACAUCAUUCAUUCUCGGUUACCUUUAAAGAAUCCACAAUUUUCCAUUUUUAAUUCUGCCAAUGCGAGGCCAUUUUCUUCAUCUGUCAGUGAUGAGGAUAGUAAUAUGGUAGAAUUGGAUGAGAAUAAAAGUUUGGAUUUUGUAGAAAAUGCUGGUUUUGAGGGUGUUGAUGGGAAUAGGGUUGGGGUUGUUGAUGUUAAUGAGAGCAAUGUUUGUAAUUCUGUGGCUAUUGAAGAGGAACAAAGUAAGGAUGCUGAGGGCGGGAAAAAAAUUGUCGGGAAAACAGAUGUAGCAUUUCGUGAUCCUGUAGAGUUAUAUCGGGAGCUUUGUACUGCUGAAAAGAAUGAUAGAAUGAAGCGAACGGAUUGGGAGACUCUAAGAGAGAUAUUCUCUUGUUUUUCAAUAUCAGGCUGGGCGGCUAAUCAGGCUCUUGGCAUCUAUAUUGGCAUGUCAUUUUUUCAUACCGCUGUCCGAAAGUUCCAGAACUUCUUCUUUAAGAAAUGUUCUGCGGAGCUUGCUAUGCACGUGGUAUCACUAGGUCCAUCUGAGAAGGCUGUUAGGUUCCUUUUCCCUAUAUUUGUUGAGUAUUGUAUAGAAGAGUUUCCUGAAGAGAUCAAGCGGUUUCGGAGUAUGAUUCGGUCAGCAGAUCUUACAAAGCCACACACAUGGUUCCCUUUUGCUCGAGCAAUGAAACGUAAGAUUAUCUAUCAUUGUGGUCCAACAAAUAGUGGCAAAACUUACAAUGCAUUGCAACGAUUUAUGGAAGCAAAGAAGGGUAUUUAUUGUAGUCCACUGAGGCUGUUGGCCAUGGAAGUUUUUGACAAGGUUAAUGCUCUUGGGGUUUACUGUAGUCUCCAAACUGGGCAAGAGAAAAAAUUCGUGCCAUUUUCCAGUCAUAUUGCUUGUACUGUGGAAAUGGUGUCAACUGAUGAAUUGUAUGAUGUAGCUGUUAUUGAUGAGAUCCAGAUGAUGGCUGACUCAUGCAGAGGCUAUGCAUGGACAAGAGCAUUACUUGGUUUGAAUGCAGAUGAAAUUCAUUUGUGUGGGGAUCCUAGUGUUCUUGAUAUUGUCAAAAAGAUCUGUUCAGAAACUGGGGAUGAAUUGCAUGAACAGCAUUAUGAGAGGUUCAAACCUUUAGUGGUUGAAGCCAAAACUCUGUUGGGAGAUUUUAAAAAUGUACGGUCUGGAGAUUGUGUUGUUGCUUUUUCGAGGAGAGAGAUAUUUGAGGUUAAAAUGGCAAUUGAAAAAUACUCCAAUCAUCGCUGUUGUGUUAUUUAUGGUGCCUUACCACCAGAGACUCGGAGACAGCAAGCUAACUUAUUCAACGAUCAGGAUAACGAGUAUGAUGUACUGGUUGCAAGUGAUGCUGUGGGAAUGGGUUUGAAUCUCAAUAUUAGAAGAGUAGUUUUUAAUAGCCUUUCAAAGUACAAUGGUGACAAGAUUGUUCAAGUGCCGCCAUCACAGGUGAAGCAGAUUGCUGGAAGGGCUGGUAGAAGAGGAAGUUGUUAUCCAGAUGGACUCACAACCACCUUGCAAUUAGAUGAUUUGGAUUACCUCAUUGAUUGUUUAAAGCAACCUUUCGAGAAUGUCAAGAAAGUGGGUCUCUUUCCUUUCUUUGAGCAGGUUGAAUUGUUUGCUGGACAACUGCCAGAUAUUACUUUUCCCCAGUUGCUUGAAAAGUUUGGUGAAAAUUGCCGUCUUGAUGGCUCAUACUUCUUGUGUCGGCAUGAUCAUAUAAAGAAGGUGGCGAAUAUGUUGGAGAAAGUUCAGGGAUUAUCUUUGGAAGACCGUUUCAACUUUUGUUUUGCUCCAGUUAAUUUCAGAGACCCAAAAGCAAUGUACUAUCUUCAAAGGUUUGCUGCAUCAUAUAGCCAAAAGGUCCCUGUUAGUAUAGCAAUGGGCAUGCCAAAGGGAUCUGCACGGAAUGAUGCAGAACUCCUCGAUCUUGAGACUAAACAUCAAGUUUUAUCCAUGUAUCUAUGGUUGUCCCAGCACUUCAAAAAAGAAACUUUUCCAUACAAGGAAAGAGCUGAGGAAAUGGCAACAGAUAUUGCUGAUUUAUUGGGUCAAUCUCUAAUCAAAGCUUGCUGGAAACCAGAAUCAAGGCAGGGAGGGAAACCAAGGCCUCAACAAAAGGAAGAUGGCCAUGAGAGGCACAAAGGAGAUGGAUACAGGAGGCCUAAUUCACUCGUCAAGUUAUAUAAAAAGCAAUCUGGCAAGAAAGGUGCUGUUAAAAUUAUGCUUCUGGCCGAGUCAAGUGACCAUGAUGUUGGUCUUCGUCGAAGAGAGGGAUGCCUUUUACUUAUUGUUAAACUCUUUGAAUGUGAUGCACAUUACUUUUCUUCAUUGCAGGAAAAGGCAAGAGAAAGAGUCACUGCAGGGGCAUUCCCAGAAGGUAGUUGUAUAGGGAAUCUUGCAGGUACUUGCAAAUUGAACUAG